CGCGCGAGUGUUUUGUCACGUGAUUAGAUUACAACGGCUGCCAUGGAAAGUAAACACUGGAGUGGGGAAAUUGAUUUUUCUUCAAAAAAGUUGGUUUUUCUUUAAAAAUCUGACCAAAAUCUGGAUAAAUAAGUUACUACGAGAACUUAGCAAGACAACGGGAAUAUUAUUUGUACGCUACAAGAAGAAAUCCAGUGUUUUUACGAGAAAAUAAAGCGAUUUUUAACCAGUGACUAUAUAUAAAUAAACAUAUCAUAGUUUUGCUCUUUUGGAGUUUAUAUGUGAGUAUAUUUUCUGAUCAUGGCUGUAGUUAAUACAUGGACGAUUCCAACUGAUCCUGGCUUUCAAACAAGACGUUCAGAUACUGCAUUAGUAAGAGAAAUUGAUCAUACGCGUCCUAAACCAAGGAUUAAACCAGAGGCUAUGAUGAUUGCAAUAAAGAACCAAGGAUCUGUUGCACAACUUUUUAAUCCUUAUUCAAAACCACCGUCAUUCCGAAGUACUAGCAGAUCAGGUAGUAUUGUUUGGUUAAACACUACUUUACAGUUUACUACAACUGAGUAAUUAUUGAAAACAUGCCACCAAAAACAUGCAUUGACAAUGCAUUGGUACUGUAAACUGUAAAAUACUGUAUAUGUAAUGGUUUAGAUAUUAAUAUUGCUUUUUGCACUGACAAAUGGUUGAAAAUCAAAUAUGAUUCCCCAAAACCAAGUAAUUCUAUUCAAUAAUCAGAAUUAUACUAGAGAUAGCUGAUCUGUAGUUUGGCAAAGGAAAGGUAUAUAGUUCUUCCUUCAAGGACUAUCUGUAAGUUUGCAAACACAGACAACACAACUUCACUGUGUGGUUCUUGAUAUAUGAUGCAUGUCUAUAAACAGAGCUAGACAAACUAUCAAGAAAAUACCAGACGUGACUUGUUCCCAGAAUCAUUGUCAAGAUAAAUCAUGUUUAUUGUAAUUAGUUUGUCUUGAAUUUACACCAACACUGUUGAUCUGUCAGAUUACACAUCUUGAAGGCUCCUGGAAUGAUGUUUUUUAAAGAUGAUGUAAAGUCUGUUCUGCGCAUACGUUCUGCGCAAGCCAACAUUCCAAUGGUCGGGACCCGACCAUUGGAAUGUUAUUAAUAUUUUGGACCUUCCGAACUUUCUUGAAUUGAAUCUCUAGUCUGUAUUCAUUUACAAGCAUAGGGAACCAGAAGAGUGUUAAAAAUUCAGUAUAAUAUAUAUCUAAUCAUAUUUUACAACUGUAGCAGUGAGUUCAAAAUGUAAACAAAGCACCUUUAAGCAUUGAAUUUUCUCACAUCUUGCCGGAAAUGUAUGUCAUUUGAUAUACUGGAAAGCCAUAUAAUUUAUUUAUUGUUUACAAAAGCAUUUUGCAAAUCGAGAUUUUGAGAUCAACUUGUGGGCAAGUCUAAUAGAGAUUGUCCACCACAAAAUUGUUUAUCACAAUGUAUUCUCUGAAAUCUACAUAUGCAGGAAAUUGUAUAUUUCAGUUACACAAGAAAUUUGGAUUUUUGGAUUUUGCUGCCAAGAAGAAAAAUGUAUUUUCUAGACCUAUAUUGAUCAUCACAAGAUGGCAGUGUACCCAACGUUUGCCAUCGUAUUUACAUUUAACCAUCUUUUUGCAGGUACGCAUGAAGUGAAACGAAACUUUAUCAAAGAAAAUACAAAACAAAUUAAAACUAUUCAGAAAUCCCAUCGGGAAAGUGAAAGUGUUUCGAGUGCAAGGGAGCCGUUAAAAGUUCUUCACAAAUCUGAUAAAUACGAACACGUAGAGUCUAAAGUUGCUCAAGAAGUUAAGGUAGGUCAAGUUGUAAAGUGGACAAGUGGUAUAGAUUGUUUUUAAAUAAGGAAGUAAAAAGAAGGUGGGGGAGGAUGAGUGGAAGGAAGGAAGAAUCUGUGGAAGGAAAGAAAGAAAUGAAGAAACAAGGACAGGAAAGGAAAAACAAAAGAAAGAGGAAUAAAAAUGAGAGAAGGAUGAAUGGAAGGAAGAAUGCAAAGAUUAACAUAUGGAAAGAAGGAAAUAAUGGAUAUAAGCAAAAUUAAGUGAAAAAGAAAGGAUGGAUGAAAAGAAUAGAAGGAGGAAUGAAAGAAAGGAAAGUUAUCAACAUGUAAGGAUGGAUGGGUGGAAGAAAUGAAGGAAAGAAUGAAAAGGAGAAAAUGAAUGAUGAAAGGAAGAAUGGUAGGAUGGAGUGAAUGAAUAAACAGAACUCUUAAAUAUUGUUCAUAAAUAAAUGUAAAUGAAAGAUGGGUGAAUGGUAAGAAAGAAAGGAUGAAAGGUUGGGAGAAAAGAAUGAAUGAAUGGAAGUUGGAUGGAAAGAAAAUAUUGGAAGGACUGAAGGAAGAUUGAAAUGAAGAAUGGUUGGAAGGAGUAAAAGGAAGAAGAAAGGAACAAAAAGAAGACAUGAAGACCACACAAACAUUUGUUUUAUAGCCGUCAGCUACAAUCUUUGAUAAUUUAGUUUUUACAUGCACUAUAUUGCAUUCAGAUAUAUUAUAUCAUUUCUUGAUACUGGUACAUUUAUUCCACCUCCCUCCCCCCACAGGGGAAAUGGGGGGGGCACUACACAUUUUGUAAAAUUACAGCAAUGGCAAAGGUUGCAGCUCUAGCUUUCCUAACAACUAACUUGGCUCUUCUAAAUAUUUCUCAUAUUAUCCCAACUUACUUUGCAGGGUACUCCCCAGGCUCCUAGAUCAACGUCAAAAUCGGUCCGACGUAAACACUCGCGUAGUGGGUCCCCUAUGCGUGAUCGUGCAGGUUCUGCAAGAUCAGUGGUACCUCCUGAAGAUAAACGUAGUGGGUCUCCUAUGCGUGAUCGUCCAGUUUCUGUGAGGUCAGUGGUACCUCCUGAAGAUAAACAAAGUGUUCCAAGACUAAGCAUUGACGUCGCCAAGGUAACAACAGUUUGCAAUUCCCAAAAUUCAAAUUAUAUUAUAUUAAGGUAAUUUUAGAUAUGAUAGUUGGACCCACAUUCGUUUUCAAAACGAAAAAAAUAUAGAGGAGUGGUGUACAUUGCAAUGUUGACCAGUUUUUAGUGUGAAGUUUCACUUCACACUAUUGUGAUGGCUGGCGAAUUCACACGAAUCAGUCAAACAGUCAGUCAGUCAUAGAGUAAACUUUCCGGGGGGGUGUAUACGAUUUAUGUUCGUAUUGAUUUAUUGUACUUAGUCAGUACUUUGAAGGUAUUUAGGCAAUUUCAGUUAACUUAUUUACAUAUUCUGUUAUCCUUUUGCCAAGUUCACAAAAAUUUCGAGGAAUCGCUUUCGUUAUUGUAAUUUUUUGUAAAUUUUAGAACAUUCGCUUCUCAUGUUGUGUAAAGGAUCUUUACCCCGGAACAGCCGAUUUUUUCUUUAGUAGCGCAAAUGCGCAUGCGCUAUCAAGCCGUAGAUCACAAUGGCGUGACGAUAUGCUAGGAAGGGGUGACAGUGUUGUUUUCAAAUGUAUAAAGAUUUCAGACGUGAAUAUUGAGUAAAUCUUUGAAAAUCUACGCAAUAUAUAAAUUGAUCUUAUGCAUUACGGGCGUUCAAUUUAAUAAGUGCCGAUAAUAUUUAGACGGUAUAUUCAUUAUACAGAGCUAGGAAGGAGCUAGACCGCCUACACGUAAAUAUUGAGUCGAAAAUCUUGCUUCUAGGCAUUCAAUUGAGUGCCGAUAUUAUUUUCACGGCAUACUCAUUAUACAGAGGUACAGUACGUGCAGGCAGAAGCGAGACAGUGUUGUUUUCAAGUAUAUAAACAUUUCAGACAUGAAUAUUGAGAAAAUCUUUGAGAUUCUACGCAAUAAUAGUAAUACAAUAUAUAAAUUGAUGUUAUGCAUUACCGUCGAUAUUAUUUAGACCGUGUAUUCAUUAUACAUUCUCAUUGACUGUAUAAGGUGCUACAUCACAGAAUAGAUGGCUAUUGAAAUCUAAAGUGAUAUUUAUAUUCAACACAUGCGAAAAGCUGAAAAUAGACACACGUCACACUGGGAAAAGUCAAAGGUCAAUGAAACUUGUUAUUGUGAAACAUGUCACAAUUAAGUUAAAAUGCGGAAGCGGAUGGAGCGGAUCCACGGAACGGAUAUGCGGAUAAAAUACGGAACGGAUGAGGAUAAAAUGCGUCUUUUAAUGAUGUAACGACGUAGUGCUUAUUAUUCAUAACAUAUCUUAUACAGCUAUUUCAAUUAUAGUUUAUUAGAUAAAUUUAGCAUAGCAGUAGCCUCGUGGGGAUGCUUUCAGCGACAGCUGCAAAUGCAAAUGAAAAUUUAGAAUAUGCAAAAUUUGGUUGUUGGUGACACAUUAAAUAGAUGAAUUGCAUCAGUUUCACAAGGCACGUUUCUGAUGUGUUAGGCUUGUUUCAAACGUCACGCUACUCGUGUGCCGAGCGUAUUAAAAGAAAUAAAUAAUGAGAUGAAAUGCCUUUGGUAACUGUUUAUUUCGUAGUGUAAGCCAUCAAGCUUUUCUAGGUUGUCGGCGACCCUAUAUAGUUCUUGCAGUUUGAAACUUCACACUAUCCUUGGAUCCCUAGUUGGUUCCUUGUAUUCUGAAUUGCCUGAAAACCUGCCAAUCAAUGCUCUGCCAAGGGUUUUCUCUGAGUGCUCUGGUUUCCUCCCACAGGGAAAGUUGACAGGGUGGGUUAAACACAGUUAAGAAAGUAAUAUCACAAUUUUUGUAAAGAUAAAUAAUCUAAGCUAAGUAUGGAAUUAGGUUAGCGUAAUACUUGAUGUGAAACGCAUUUGAAUUUGUGCUAUAGAAAUGCUAAUUGUAAUCGUAAGGUCUCUGGUUUGAUGAACCGGCGCUUGCUAGCGAGAUGCUUUGUUGAGACACUGAGAAAUAUUUUAUCUCCACUGAAUUUCCAUUUCAGGAAAAAGCGAAGCAAACUAAGGUCAAUCACAUCUCGAAGAACAUCCGUCAUAUAACCUCGUCCCCAGGCCCACGACGUCGUGCUCCGUCAGCCGUAGCGAGCGAGGAAUUGGAAAGAAAGAGGUCUGAGGACGAGAUGAAAUACAAAAGGGGCAAAGUACCAAGCUAGUGAGUGACCUCAUUCAUACCAGAGACUGCUGAACAUGCAUCGUCUGUCUGAUAGAUCAUCCGUCUUAAUGUAAACACGAGACAAACUACAAUCAGAUGAACGAGCUAGAAUAACGUGAUCUUUUCUGGCAAUGAUUCUGGGGACAAAUUAUGUCAGACUAACUCUGAUAUUUUCUUGAUAGUUCGUAUGACGGAUCAUGAAUCUUAGUGUAAACUCACGACAAACAAUCCAGAUGAACGAGCUAGAAUAACGUGAUCUUUUCUGG